UUUGUCCUGUUGGCUUCCCUCUUUUCUCCUCCCGACGUUCGGGAGAGCAUCGUUUCUCUGAGUAGUCUCCCCUUUUCCUGGGAAGAUUAUCAUGAACGCUGCGUACAGUGUUCAGAAGUAAACUGGGGAGUCACUGAUGGCGGCAGAUUUUAUUGCAGAACUUGCCACAAUGUUAUAGAGAGAACUAGAGAAGUUGUAAAUACUGAUGUUAUUUCUAACACAAGAGUCCAGACCAUCUCCAAAGGUUUAAGAAAGCAGGAAAAAACUGAUGAAGGCUGGGAAUGGUAUGUUUGUGAAGGCUUUCAGUUUGUACUCAAGAAACAAGCAGAAGCUUUGGAAGCAUUAGGAGCGUGUCCACAAAUGAAGGAUGAAAUUCUGUGCAAUUUUUGGAGGCGCUAUCUUCAGAAGAGUCAACAAGCGUAUUGUAACAGACCAGCUGGAGAAGCUAUCAAAGUAUUAUCAGGAUGCGAUAGCAGUACGGAUGUGGAUAGUGAACCAGAGAGACCUAGCCUUCUUCACUUGUUAUCUUUCUCUGAAAGUGAUGGAGAUCUAUUGACUGAUUGCAGCUUUGGCUCAUCAACUGGCAAAGUCUCAGAAAGCACCUCCGUCUGCUCUGGAUCAGUAGAUGGUAGCUUGCAUUUAAUGAAGAACCAAAAGGACAAACUGAGGAUGUCAAUGCCAAUGACCCUUUCAUUUUGUUACAUGGCAUUACUCUGGCUGAGAGAACCAAUGACGUUAUCUGAUCUCUUAAGGUUUGUUGUUGAAGGUCACAUUCCAUAUUUGAAUGUUUUUCAAUGUUUUCCAGAGAAGAUGAAAUUAUAUGGACUUGAUCUGAAGAUCUUUUGUGUAGAGAGAAUUCAAACUGGAAUGGCAAUGUCUUUCUGCUUCCCUGGAAAGUGUGUCCACCAAGAAUUACGUUUCGACAAGCUCGUAUAUUUGCUGAGAUCCUUUAAAAUCACCUUCAAGGUCCGAUGUUCAUGGCCUGUAUAUGAAGAAGUGUUCAACAAAAUGCUUCAACUUGCCGCAUUUUUAGAGCUGCCUCGUUUUCCAGAUAUAACGGACAUCUGCUUUCUUCAUCCAGACAUGUUGUGCAUGAAGUACUUGAUGGAAGCUAACUUACCUGAUGAAUUGCAUAACUGGACUUGUCGAGUGGUGAAAAAGAUCCAUAUUGGAGAAACAGAUUUCCUGACUUUUGCACCUGGAAAUAAGUCAACAAGGAAAGUGAAAUAUGAUGUUCUUGCUGCAGCAGUUAUUGUAGUGGUGCUCAAAUUGCUGUUUUUACUAGAUGAUCACUAUGAAUGGCUACUGUCAGAUGUUGCCGAGGAAAGAAAUAAAAACAACAAAGAAGAUGGUCCAUAUUUCGAGUUCAAAAAGUGGUACAAGGUUAUAAAAAGUUCCUUGGAUGUGGAGCAGAAGAAACUGGAUGAAGAAAAAGCCAAGUAUCUGUGGAGAUGUGAAAAGCCACUGUUUUACUCAGCCAAAAAGAAGUCUAAAGUUCUUAAGAGAAGGCAAAUCGUUGUGAACUUACAAAAUCAGUUUGGCAAGCUGUCUGGUUCAGUGCAACCUGCUGAAAAGCCAAAUCCUUCAAGUUUUCAGUUAAACUGGUCUGAAGAAAACACAAAUGGGAGUUGUUUUCAUGGGCAUAGCCUGAAGGGAAUUUUGCAAGAAAAAUGUGGCUUGCUUACAGCCAUGAACCCUGACUAUUGGCUGUGUACAGUUAAACUAUGUACUGAGAAGUUGUGUGGUCAUCUGGCUCAUUACAGAGAAUUGGACUUUCCUCAGAGUUACCAUUUUGUACUAAGGUUGUUCUCCUUUCUUCUGAGGAUACAGCCCUCUUAUAUCCAUGAAGAGGUGUGUGUGAUAGAACACAAACUUUUUAAUAAAAAGCUCUAUAAAAAGCCAAAAUACAACCCAGGCCGAAGGAAAUAGAAAGGCCUAAAAAUAAUAGUAUUCAGGUUGUGUACCUUAGGAGUUAUUUCCAUCCCAAACCAUGAUAUCACAUCUAAACUUAUUCUGAUCCUUUUGCCUGCGAAGAAAUCUUAUGAUAACAUAGCAGUGCUGAGAUUUACUACUGCACUUUGGUUGUGGUGUCAUUUAUCUAUAAUCUAAAGUCACCAGUUUCCAAAUGGGAGAGUUACUAAGGAAACUGUUUACCAAAAUUUAUUUCCUCCUUUUGUAUGAGAGCCAACAGGAGGCUAGGAAGUUAGCGUUUCUGGCAUAAUUGUACAUACUUUGAGUGUGCUGGACAGCAUGUUAGCAUCUAAUUAUAUUGUAAGAUUUUGCAAUUAAAAUGCUGUUUUGUUACCUACUGUUGUAUGACAGCAA